GAUAUUAUUUUGUCAAAUAAGCUCGUUAUCUUCCCUCUCAGUACCCUAGCGCUGUCAGCUCGUUACACAGAGCUUGCAAGGGGCUGUCUAUGCCGUCUGCCCUCUGGAAUUCCGAUUAUUACAUAUGGUAGAACAGCUUGGCCGCCCACUGCCCAGAUUACUGGCAGAGUGAUAGGAGUAUAGGAUUCAUCCCUACCUUUCGCAGCAAACGGGCAAUAGUAAAUUUUCAGUCUCACAAAAUGCCCUCCGUGCUGACCAGAAUCCCCUCUAAAUCCCUCUUCUCCUUUGUCUCCAAACCCCUCUGUCGCCGUCUCUGCUCGUCCGCCGCCGCCGCCGAGACUCAGACCCAGAAGCUUGAGAGGAUCGCCGACGAGCUUCUCGACCUUACCAAGCUUGAGAGGUACGACUAUUCCAUCCUCUUCCGCCUCAAACUUGGGCUCAACAAAUACGGUCCUGCUGUCCCAGGGCUCGGCGCAUCUCCUUCUGCGUCCUCAUCUUCAACUGGAUCCGCAGCUGCUGACUCUAAAGCCGCCGAGAAGACUGCCUUUGACAUCAAACUCGAAAAGUUCGAUGCGGCGGCCAAGAUCAAGAUUAUCAAGGAAGUUAGGACCUUUACUGAUCUGGGUUUGAAGGAAGCUAAGGACUUGGUGGAGAAGACACCGAUUGUACUGAAGAAAGGGGUUUCCAAGGAGGAGGCUGAUUCUAUCCUUGAGAAGCUCAAGGGGUUGGGCGCUACUGUGGUAUUGGAAUAAUUUUUGUUUUUUGAGUUUUUUCUUUUUUGCUUUUUUUCUUUUGAAAAAAAUGUAGAAGGAUGAUAUUCAUCUUCUUUUGAGAAUGGAAAAUGAAAAUUUUAUUUUGGAUAA